AUGUCCACCGUACACAACCCCAACAAGGCUUGCUGCACUAUCCCCCCGGUCCAGUCCAACUACAGCCCCAAAGGCACGUACAAGGCUUAUGCAGGCUUCGACAAGGUCUACGUCGCCGGCCCUGCAAACCCUGGAAAGCUCGCCGUGAUCUGCGUCUUUGACAUCUUUGGCUUCAAGCCGCAGACCCAGCAGGGUGCGGACAUCCUUGCCGAAGAGCUGGGGGCUCAAGUAUACAUGCCCGACUUCUUCGAGGGUGACGAGCCCUGGACUCUGGAUAAGUUCCCGCCGACUAAGCCGGAGGACCAGCAGAAGUUCCAGGAAUGGUUCGCCGGCUUCGCGAACCCCGCCAACCAUGUCCCGCGCGUCAUCAAGGUUGCUGAGGCCUUGAAGAGCGAGGGUGUCCAGUUCAUCGUUACCUACGGCUUCUGCUGGGGUGGCAAAGUUGCGCUC